AAAUGUGCAGAGUCCUGAGGCUUUCGGACUGAAGAAGGCUCCGCCAUGAUCCAUAGUCUUUUCCUGAUCAACUCCUCUGGAGAUAUUUUUCUGGAGAAGCACUGGAAGAGUGUGGUCAGCCGUUCUGUGUGCGAUUACUUUUUUGAGGCGCAGGAGAGAGCCACGGAGGCAGAAAAUGUGCCUCCAGUUAUCCCUACCCCUCACCACUAUCUCCUAAGUGUUUAUCGCCACAAGAUCUUUUUUGUGGCUGUGAUCCAAACGGAGGUCCCACCUCUGUUUGUCAUUGAGUUUCUUCACCGAGUAGUGGACACGUUUCAGGAUUAUUUUGGAGUCUGUUCAGAGCCAGUGAUCAAAGACAAUGUGGUUGUGGUUUACGAGGUAUUGGAAGAGAUGCUUGACAAUGGGUUUCCACUGGCUACUGAGUCAAACAUCCUCAAAGAACUGAUAAAGCCUCCGACUAUCCUCCGAACAGUUGUCAACACCAUAACAGGAAGCACCAAUGUGGGUGACCAGCUUCCCACUGGGCAGCUGUCAGUGGUGCCUUGGCGGCGGACUGGAGUGAAAUAUACCAACAACGAGGCCUAUUUUGAUGUAAUUGAAGAGAUUGAUGCCAUUAUUGAUAAAUCAGGUUCCACAAUUACUGCUGAGAUCCAGGGGGUGAUUGAUUCCUGUGUCAAGCUGACUGGAAUGCCAGACCUUACACUCUCCUUCAUGAACCCCAGGCUGCUGGAUGAUGUCAGCUUCCACCCUUGUGUUCGUUUCAAGCGCUGGGAGUCCGAGCGCAUCCUCUCCUUCAUCCCUCCUGAUGGAAACUUUCGCCUGCUCUCUUACCAUGUCAGUGCACAGAAUCUGGUUGCAAUUCCAGUGUACGUCAAACAUAACAUCAGUUUCCGGGACAGCAGCUCACUUGGACGCUUUGAAAUAACAGUGGGACCCAAGCAGACCAUGGGGAAGACCAUAGAGGGAGUGAUUGUUACCAGCCAGAUGCCCAAAGGAGUCCUGAAUAUGAGCCUCACUCCAUCACAGGGAACACACACAUUUGACCCAGUCACAAAGAUGCUGUCUUGGGAUGUAGGAAAAAUAAAUCCCCAAAAGCUACCAAGUUUGAAGGGGACCGUGAGUCUUCAGGCAGGAGCUUCUAAACCAGAUGAAAAUCCCACAAUUAACCUGCAGUUUAAAAUCCAGCAGCUGGCCAUUUCUGGACUCAAAGUGAACCGUUUGGAUAUGUAUGGAGAAAAGUACAAACCCUUUAAGGGAAUAAAAUACAUGACCAAAGCUGGAAAAUUCCAAGUUCGAACGUGAAGGGAGAGUUUUGCAGAAGGAACAGUCGUGAACACUUUUUCAUUUCUUGUCUAAAAGUAAAAAAUGUCAGCCUGUCUCCUAGGUCAGUCCCCUUCUGGACCUACCUGCUCCCUGUUUUCCUCUGCCUUCAAUGCCAUGGGACUAAGCGAGAGAGAGGAGGGUCACCGUGGAGAGCUGGACAGAACCGAAACACGGUCAGCACCAACUCAGCUCUCCAAGAAGAGAUGCCUGAGGGAGGACAGAGACACUGGACACCACAUUCACUGUUUUUAACGUAGAAAAAGACUAGCAUUUGUUGCUUGCUAGGCUUUAAUGAUCUAAAGCCAAUGAAAGACUUUUUUGUCGAAUUUUUUUUUAAGGUAGAAAGAUUAGGAAGAAAGAAAGGUUGGAAGUAAAAUGAGUGUAAGUCUUAGAAAGGCCAGUUAAGGAUCUAAUCUGUGAGGGAGAGAAGGGAGGAAAUAGUAUUAAGGAAGAGUCGUGCGGAGACAUAGUAAAAUGAAAGAUUGUCAAGAGCAGUGAUGAGACUCCACCUUAAGGAGGGUUGGGAAGAAUAAAGUGGAGUUGGUUUCUCAUCCCUCUACUGUCAUAUGAAAAGCAUUUGUUUUAGAAAUGAACAGGAGACUUGUAAAGUCGAGUCCACUAUUGACGUGGGAAACUCCGGUAGAAUCAGGUUUUCCCUUAAGUCUGUGAUGAUGCCAGACUAGUUUUCAGAUGCUGUCACUUGCCUUCAGCAUUUGGUCAUCUUCAGUGAGCAGGUGACUUGCCCUCCUCCUGUGGUGGUUGCCUAAAAUGCCUCUUUCCCUAACCCAAAACAGUGGUACUCACUUCACUUUAUAGAACCCACCAGCGUUUUUCCUGUAACCUUAUUCUUCCAUAGGAUUUUCUAAAAAGUAGGAGAGUUUCAGAAAAGUCAAUCCCAUAACCCCCAGUGCAGCCAGAUGUGUGUCAUGAUAUUGCAAUAGAGAUGGCCAAGUCAUUUUCUGUGAAAGGAGACCACAGCCAUAACCAAGUGAUCCCAUAUUUACAUUCAUCAGGGCUAGAUUGGUAUUGGAUCCAAACCUUCCUGUCUGAAACUUUCCCAUCUGCAGCCCUAAGUAAAAAUGCUCACCACUGAGGCAUGGCUGAUCCUUGAAGCUGCGUGUCAAAGUUAUCCUUUCCUCAAUAGUUUGUUCUAUACCCUAGUCUAUAUUUAUUAACCAUAGAUACCUACUAGUCCAUUUUUGCUUUAAGAAUAAAAAAAAAAAUCUCCUAAAUUUGUGAAUAAAAUUCAUGCUGUAGGAAGAUAGGCCAUGUUGAUCUUGUGUAACCAGCCCAGUUUAAGAAACAUGGCAACCAAAAGAAUACUCUAGGCUUUCCCAAUGGGUUGUUUUUAUUCUAGUUAUGUGUUUGUUACCCAUUUAAAUGUUUGUAUAAAAGACAGGUUUUUAAACAUUAUUAUUGCAGCUUAAGGAAUGAUACUGUGCUCUGCUUCGUGCAUAGCAUGGAGAAAAAGGAAGACCUAUGCUGUCCAAGCCUUAGAACUUUAAAGCGCAGUUUCCAAAUACUUGUGCGAAGUUUUUGCUGGUUUUAUUUUUCUUUCUGGGAAUUAGUUUUGCUUCACAGUGGAGUGGUUUGCUUUGUGAAAACCACUGUGAAGCAAAACUAAGUCCCAGAAGUAGAAUAUAAAACUAGGAGUUUAUCCUCUGGGAUAAACCGUGCUGUACACAAUUGCACGUUUCCUGCUCUGUCACUCCGGAAUUUGUCCUGGGUUUCUGUGCCCAUAUACACACCUACUGCGAUGGGGAAACGUCUUUGCCUGUGGAUUCCAGGAUACUUGAUAUCACUUCUGGAGGCUCUAAAGGAUUUUAAGGUUUCCUAAGUCACAGGAAACUACUAAGCCUGAUCUCUGAAAUUUUUUAGGUUUAUAAGUACAGCUGUUUUAUUUCCUAGAGGAAGUUGUUUUAUUUCCUAUUUCAAGGGAGGUACCUAAGAAGAAAUAAAGUGUCUGGAGUAUGGGACCUUAGCAGGCCUAAGCACAUGUGAAGUAGCUUUCCCAUCCUGUGUGUGGCAGACCUCAGGUGCUGCAGAGCACCUGCUGCUCCCCAGCAGCACGUCAGGUAGCACAGGUAGUGCAGAGUCUCAAUGGAGCCGCCGGUUCUAUGUUUAAUGUGCAAAAGUAGCUUCUCUGUUUACAGCUUAAUAAAGUUGAGUUUUACCAGUC